AUGAUUGGGGCUCUUUCGCGUAGUAUCCGCAUGGCGCCCUCGUCGGGUCGCCUGCUAUCACAAUCGCUUCGUGCUCCCGUUGCUGCGGGUGUGCGCUUCAACUCCGGCAAGGUCAAUGGCCCUGUUAUUGGUAUUGACCUUGGUACGACCAACUCGUGUGUGUCGAUCAUGGAAGGCCAGCAGGCCCGUGUGAUCGAGAACUCGGAAGGUGGCCGUACGACUCCUUCCGUGGUUGCGUUCACCAAGGAUGGUGAGCGUCUUGUGGGUCUUCCUGCGAAGCGCCAGGCCGUUGUGAAUCCCGAGGCGACUCUGUUUGCCACCAAGCGUCUGAUCGGUCGUAAGUUCACCGACCCCGAAGUGCAGAAGGACCUGGACAACGUUCCCUUCAAGAUCGUUGCCCACACGAAUGGUGAUGCGUGGCUCGAGGCUCGCGAGAAGAAGUACUCGCCUUCGCAGAUUGGUGCCUUCAUUGUUGGUUACCUCGGUAAACCUGUGAAGCACGCGGUUAUUACCGUCCCUGCCUACUUCAACGACUCUCAGCGUCAGGCUACCAAGGACGCUGGUACUAUUGCCGGUCUUGAGGUGCUCCGUGUGAUCAACGAGCCGACUGCUGCUGCACUGGCCUAUGGCCUCGACCGUCAGGACAGUGGUACUAUCGCCGUGUUCGACUUGGGUGGUGGUACGUUCGAUAUCUCAAUCCUUGAGAUGUCGAAGGGUGUCUUCGAGGUCAAGUCGACUAACGGUGACACUCACCUGGGUGGUGAGGACUUCGACAUUGUCAUCGUGGAGCACCUGGUCAAGGAGUUCCAAAAGGAGAACGGCAUUGACCUUAGCAAGGACCGCAUGGCUAUCCAGCGUAUUCGCGAGGCUGCAGAGAAGGCCAAGAUUGAGCUUUCGAGCACGUCGUCCACCGAUAUCAGCCUGCCCUACAUUACUGCCGAUGCGACGGGCCCCAAGCACAUUAACUCGAAGAUCACGCGUGCUCAGCUUGAGGGAAUGAUUGCUAAGCUGAUCCAGCGCACUGUGGAGCCCUGCAACAAAGCUCUCGGCGAUGCUGGUGUCAAGGCCAGUGACAUCAACGAUGUGAUCAUGGUCGGUGGUAUGAGCCGUAUGCCGAAGGUGCUGGAGACUGUCAAGAACAUCUUCAAGCGUGAGCCUUCAAAGGGUGUCAACCCCGACGAGGCGGUGGCAAUUGGUGCCUCCAUUCAGGGUGGUGUCCUUGCCGGUCACGUUACUGACAUUCUGCUGUUGGAUGUGACACCUCUGUCGCUGGGUAUUCAGACUCUGGGUGGUGUGUUCACGCGUUUGAUCAACCGUAACACAACCAUUCCCACCAAGAAGAGCCAAGUGUUCUCGACGGCUGCUGAUGGUCAGACCGCCGUUGAUAUCCAGGUCUACCAGGGUGAGCGUGAGCUUGUGAAGGACAACAAGCUUCUGGGCAACUUCCAGCUGACUGGUAUUCCCCCUGCUCCUAAGGGCGUUCCCCAGAUUGAGGUCACCUUUGACAUUGACGCUGAUGGUAUUGUCAAUGUUAGCGCCAAGGACAAGGCUACCAACAAGGACCAGAGCAUGACUAUUGCUGCUGGCUCAGGUCUCUCUGACCAGGAGAUUGAGCGCAUGGUGAACGAUGCCGAGCAGCACGCUGAGGCUGAUAAGGCCCGCCGUGUUGUGAUUGAGGAGGCCAACCGCGCCCAGAGCGUGGCUGGUGAGACGAGCAAGGCUAUGUCGGAGUUUAAGGACCAAAUUGAAAAGGACGAGGCCGAGAAGGUGCAGAAGCUAGUGGAGGAGCUUGAGGCGCUGGCGGCACGCGGUGUUGCGGGUGAUGAGUCGCUUCAGGCCGAUGAGAUCAAGGCCAAGAUCGACGAGACGCAACAGGCCUCGCUGGGUCUCUUUAAGAAGGUGUACGAAAACCGCGCGCAGUCGGACAACAAUGCCGGAGCCCAGGAAGAGAAGAAGGAAUAA